UUCUUCUUUCAAUCAAUCAAUCAGUCAAAUUUACAAAUGUCGGAAGAGUGCUUGUGUUUAAUGAAACAUUUGUUUAUUUUUCUAUUUUACACAAAAUUAAACCUGUGCCAAAACAUAAAUGAUGUCAAAGCAGUCCCAAUAGUAUAAUUAAUUUAUUGUUGUAGUUACCGUUUAUUGUUAUCGGGUCGUUUAAUUGAUGUAGUAAAUAAUUUGUGAAGAUGUGAUUUAUUUUGUAAUUUUGGCUUUGUGCCAUCGUGUUUUUUCGAGAAAUGGGUAAAAUGAAGUUCUGUUUAACCGUACUACUCCUAGUAGCGGAGGGUGCGCUCGGAUUUUGCCCGUCGUUGUGUUCGUGUAAAGGAAAUCGGUCUGGUGAUGGGGUGACCGAUACUCAGCCUAAGGAACUCUUGAAGUUGGCUUGCGGCGGCAGCCCAGUUCAGAUCACUGAGCUGAAAGAAAUAGAUCUGAGCAAACUUUGGAUGGACGUAGUGAGCUUAAAUCUCUCUGGAAAUGCAAUCUCCACUCUAUCGAGAGAGCUUCAUCUUCCAAAUUUACAAAAGUUGGAUCUGAGCAGGAACCAGAUAUCGCUGAUUGAGUCUGAUGCGUUCUACAAUAUGACAUCAUUACAACGCCUGGAUCUGUCGUACAACCAGAUCAAUAACAUUUACAAGGACAUGUUCAAGAGUCUGAUUAAUCUUGAGAGGUUGAUUUUAUCCCAGAAUCAUAUAACAGUGCUGACUGUGGGUACUUUUGACUUUCUAGUGGGUUUGAAACAAUUAGACAUAACAGACAACCCACUGAUUUGUGAUUGUGAAUUGUUAUGGGUCGGAGAUUGGUCCAGAAACACAAGUGUCAAGCUUGUUGGCAGCCCUAAAUGUGCCUUCCCUGAGAAUAUGGUGAACAAAACUGUGCGCAAAUUGAGAAUAUUCCUCGACCUAUCAGCAUGUGGGAGUGUUUUGCCAUCAAACACCUUGAUAGUUAAACCAAAUCACGACCAAGUGGUCUUCGAAGGAGAUGCAUUAAAACUAACCUGCAGCGCUCCCUUUGCAUCUGUUGUUGCUAAAUAUGAGUUAAAAUGGGAUCAUCCGAUGCUUGAGAUAUGUGACGUUAACAUCACAAAUACAGAUAUGCAGGAGGAGGGGAUCGCUGAGAGUUCUGUGUUCUUUCCAAACAUAAGUUCAUACCACAUGGGGAAUUGGACUUGUAUGUACAAUGACCAGAAUCAUAUUAGACACAAUUACACAGUACAGAUAUUGGUAUUGUCGAAGCAGACCCAGUAUUGCAAGACGGAUCACACUAUGGGGAACAAAGGACUUUAUUCCUGGCCACAGUUAUUGCUAAAUCACACAGCUACAGUUCCUUGUAGAAGCGGCGAUGGUGUUGCAUACAGAUAUUGCAAUGCAAACGCAACAUGGAGUCCGGCAAAUACAACUCAGUGUUCCUACAUCAGCAAUAUAACGAAAUUAUUGCAGCAAUUUGCGUUGCUCAAUGUGAGUUUGGUGCAGUAUUCUGCAUUGAAUGCAACAGAACGGUUGGCUAUGCUUAUACAGGAGAAGACAUAUCCUUUGGCGGAGAUUUCUGAUGCUGACGACGUCAUGUUCAUAGCACGGGCAAUAAGGAACUAUAUGCAGCACAUAUCAGAGGAGACAAAUUUAGGUUCAAAACUUUUGGAUGUUAUCAGUUCUGCCAUGAACAUAUCAGCUCCGGUGAUGACUCGAGCAGAGACACUGUAUGGGUCAUGCACCGACAUGGCCAAGGCUGCUGAAGAGAUAUCUAUGUACACUAGAAAUGUUGAGGCGCACAAGAUAAAUAUGGCAGUAGAUCGAUUCCCGGUGCGCGAAGGCUUCGGCGGGGUGACGUGCGUGUGGUACAGCGAAGUGCACGGGGCGGCGCCGCGCCUGCACUGCUCCACCACCAACCGCACCGUGGCGCCGCUGCUCACCGUCACCGACUCGCUCAUACACGCCAGCGUGCAGAUACCACAAUCAUUUCUAUACAGCACGACAGAGUGCGGGACGGUGCUGCAAAUGCAGCAACACGACCUGGUGGUGUCGGUGUACGAGGUGGCCACACUGUUCCCUCUGCUGCCCGUAGUGGACGACGGGCCGAUGCGCGGACACCGCUCCAAGGAUUACUACGGACGGAGCACGAAGAGGGAAGAUAUGAACAUGGAGAUCACUUCGCCUGUCAUUGGAUUUCAGUUAGCGAACGCUUCGCUCCGCGGCGAGUUGCUGGAGCCCAUCAUAGCGACGGUGCGCGGGCGCUCCAUGGGCGGCGUGGAUGGGCGCGCGGCCACCUGGGACCCGCGCACCAGGCGCUGGACUGACAACGCGUCCGAUUGCAAAGUGUCCCACGUGGUAUCAGAAAUGAUAAUAAUGACCUGCACAAAGUUGGCCUACGUAGGCUUACUCCAGAACGUCGAGACCGGGAUAUACGGCGCAAGGACUGACGGGGCCCGCUUCAAGGUCUCCCACCCAGCCAUCUACGUCGGCAGCCUCAUACUCAUCGGCAGUGUAAGUUGCGCUACCUUGACCUACAUCAUGUGUUACCCAGCUAUACAGAUGGCGAAGAAGUCCAAACACGCCCUCAUCAACACCUGGAUAGCCAUUGGACUGCUCUGCUUCUUGUAUACUUUGGGAAUCUACCAAACUGAGGAUGUGAAGCUCUGCCAGAUUUUGGGACUUUUGAUACACUAUCUGUCGCUUUCGUGCUUGUUGUGGAUGUGCGUAUCUGCCAGUAAUAUGUAUAAAUGGGUGACAAAAACGCACAAUCCCGUGAGGACGCCGGAGGAUGAUAUCCCACCAGAUGUUCCUAUACAGAAACCUAUAUUGGGGUUGUAUUUAGUCGGUUGGGGUAUAUCGUUGAUAGUGUGCGGGAUAUCCGGGGCGGUCAACAUGAAGGACUACGCCGGGUAUUCUCAGUGCUUUUUGAGCACGGCGCCCGCUUUGAGCGCUUUAUUUAUACCGGCAGGUAUAUUGCUCAUGUUUCUCCUGAUUCUGUUCCUACUUAUACGGUGUACUAUAAGGAGUAUGAAUGUUCAGUUGUCAGAGGGGACGCAGGCCACAGAAAACGUUGAUUUGGAAAUGUGGGAGCCGAAUCAGGCGAACGAACCCGAAAGGAGGAGUUUAAAAUCGACGGUAGAUUCAGAAAUCGAUGACGUCGAACACACUCCAAUAAUACAAUUGCGUGCUCAAGUAAUUGUCCUGUGUCUGUACGUGUCCGUCUGGUCGUGCGGAGCGAUCACUGUGUACAGACCUUUACCGGCGUAUCUUCCUUACCAAGAAGACAUUUGUAGUAUAAUAUACGCCGUGUGUGCGACAGUUUUGGGCACUUUCAUUCUGUUCUUCUAUGGAAUAGCUCGGAGCGACGUUAGAGCACAGUGGUCGAUGAUGCACUGCUACCUUCAAUCUAGUAAACAGUGCUGUAGAAAUAGAAGCGUGUUCGAUACUAAUCAGCAGAAUCUUCCGACUAAUCCCACCAAUACGACGUCUCCGCAACACAUACCCAACGAUAACAGAUCGGGGUCUGGCAGUAGAAGCUCCAACAGAACAAAUACAAAGACAAAUAACAGCGGAACGUACAAGGCGGGCGCCGAUUUAAACGGCCAGACGUUGCCGAAAGAUCUUAAAAAUACAAACGGCAAGACUCCCAAUAUAAAUCUGGUGGUGCUGCACAGGCAACAAUACAGAUCGAACAAUUCCAUGAUGACGUACCCGGAGUCGGGAACUGUAGGUCCCGAAAUCUUUUAUAAUCCGAACCAAAUGAACGUCGCAAAGAAGUUUUUUAAGAAACAAAAACAACAUAUGAAGAGAAACUGUCUCGAGUUGCCCUUGAGGCGGGACUUCGACGACGAUUCUCACGUCUCCCUACCGUUGCCGAGCAAAGAAGCUUACAACGGCGUCGCCAGUUUUCUCAACGCCGGUACUAAAGUCAACAACACGAACCAACACGUGGAGCGAGUGAACAACGGUAUAAAGGAAUCGAGAAACGCCGGCAACCCAAACUUGCUGGAGGACGAAUCAAAAGACAAUUUCAAAAGCUAUUCAACAGAUCGCAAGUCGUGGGCCAAGAGCGACGACCCGAAAAUUGGGAGAGCGCAAAUAAUGAACAUUUACACGAACGUGCCUGAAACCCAAGUGCCUCAACACCAAGUUAUUAAAGCCAACGUUCAGAAAAGCCUGAACGGUCAAAGGAACAGCGUUUCAGAAGAGUGUUUGCAGAGUCACGCGAGCGAACACCCUGAAAUGCGAACGAUAUCGCAGCAGUGCAGCUUGGAGUACAGCUCGGCUUCAGAAAUUGCGAUGCCCCACACGUGUUCAGAUCAGACCCUGAACACGCAUUCAGAGAUGACGUCUUUCCAAGAAACCCACAGUGCCUUAUGUUCGACGAACGAAAUAACCGACACGGAGAGUUUCGGCCAGUACAUAGAUUACCUCCAGCCUAACAAAGGUAAUGAGAACAAGGACACGAUAGAUAAAUCGUUGCAGGAUAUAUCAGAGGAGUGCACUAUGAACAGCGAAGACGUCAACAGAUCGAGCUCCUCGCAUCAUUUGGAUGCGGGUUUGGGAGAAAUGGAUAAUUUAUUACAAAAUCCUGACGAUGAAAUCGAAGGGUCCAAAGACAAAAUAGACGACGACAAAGAGACGUUCUUCAUGGCGAAGACUACGUACGAUUUCGAGACCUGCAGCACCAAUGCUAGCGAACAGGGUUUCGAGAACGAAAGCGAUAUAUACUGUCCUAAUUAUCAAAUGUCUGAAGUCAGCAUACGGAGUCACGGCUUGUACGCGCCGUCGCCAUCGUCGAUGUGUCCCAAUGAGAUCAGCUUCAGCAACGAAGACGUUUCAACAAUGGAGAGCCAGUAUGUGAACUACGACCCGGGGUGGCGGAAAACGGUGAAAAACAACCCCAAAUUAGGGAAAUACGUGCCGACGCCCGCGUUGAGUUGUCCCGAAGUUAACCGCGAUAGUAGUCCGCUGUCCUUUGCGAGUGAAUUGGAUGAACUAUACACACAAAUAACGAGUAGAGACAAAGAUAGGACGGCGCGGAAAGACCACGGUCUCGAUGUGACUGUAAACAGUGAUGUUACGUUGAAGCCAGACAGUGAUAGUUGUGUGAGUGAAGCGGUCUCAGAUGUAGAGGGGAAAGGGGAAACGACUGUUUGAACUGGAACUUUACGUAUAUAUUUUCUUGUAGAAAUUGUUCUUGUUCUAAAGAAAUGUUUCUAUUCUAUACAUAUUGUCUAUGUAAAAUAAUAAGUUUUAGUGAUGUUCUCUACAUAACUGUGAACUCGAGAUAAAUGAUGUUUUGUAUAUUUUUAAAAACUCUUGAUAGUUUUUUUUAUAUAAUUAUACACAAAAAUAUUGCAUAAUGAGAUUAACAUUCAUACGUUCGUUUAUAUAAUAGCAAAAGGUAAACCCCACGUAAACAAUGGAAGUAAAGUUACUACUGUAUAGACUAAACUGCGGUAGCCGAGCAAAAUUGCGCAGACUAAAUGACGAUAACUAAGUUCAAAUUUCACAGACUAAAUAACAAUAGCUAAGGUAAAAUUUCGCGGACUAAAAAUGGUAAUUGAGUUAGCGUUUCGACGUCUUAACGAUUUAAGCGCAGACUAAACGAUGUUAGCUGAGCUGUUGGCAUUUCCAACGAUUGUAGCUGAGUUAACAUUUCGGAGACUAAACGAUGGUAACUGAGUUGGCAUUUCCGAGACUAAACGAUGGUAGCUGAGUUAGCAUUUCCGAGACUAAACGAUGGUAGCUGAGUUGGCAUUUCCAACGAUUGCAGCUGAGUUAACAUUUUGGAGACUAAACGAUGGUAGCUGAGUUAGCAUUUCCGAAACUAAACGAUGGUAGCUGAGUUUGCAUUUUCAAAGAUUGUAGUUGUUGAGUUAACAUUUCGGAAGCUAAACGAUGGUAUAGUAGCUAUUUCACAGCACACAGAAUGACAGGUGACAGUGUUUAUGUUUUUGUAGUCUUGCGUCGUACAAGAACAGAUAGCCAUCCUUAGAUAUGUCCUUCUAAAGUCAUAAUUAAAAUCUCAAUAUGAAAUAUUUAUGGUCGUUAUAUAAAAAUAUAUCUUCUGAAACUGCCAUUUAUAUAAGUAUACCAAUAUUUACGUAGUGGAGUGUAUAUGUAGAGAAUUUUAGAUUUUAAACUAACGCGAGUGUUUUACAUAAUACUGAAAUAGAUAUAUAUGGGAUAAUAGGAAUAUGUUUUUAUUAGUUUUAUGAACUUGCAUAACAACGCGGCGUAAAAAUAUCUUUAGCUUUGGUUGUUACAAGUCACAGGUUAAUGAUAUAGUAUCGACAAAAGCUCCAAAUGAAGCUCGGAAUGAAGAAUGAGAAUGAUUGAUUGAUUGAGAAUUGAUCAAGGAUCUUCUCAUUUGUUUCUUUUCUUCUAAAAAAUGACAAUUUGAUGGAUUAAAAACUAGUCGGGUAAAUUCACGCAAGUCGAACCAUUUAUAUAUUUUGGUAUUAUAGAGCCAUUGUAAGCUGAAUUUUGUAUAAUUCUAGGUUUAAUUUGUAAUUUAUAUGUACAGUUAUUUUGUAAGUUUUUGUAAAUCGGUCUGACAUGAAACUCGGUCGCUCUGAAUAAGUUUUAAAAUAUAUACAUUAAAUUUUAAAUUAUAAAUUUAUUUUAAAAUUUUGUAUGCCCCGCGUUUUAUAAACACUCUGUAUACUUAUAGAAUAUAGAUCUAUAUACUUUUUCAAUAAAUGACCUGUCAAAUGAAUAAAGUGGAACUUUAUUUUUACAUUUCACUUAUAGAGAUUAGCAUAAACUGAAAAAUACUCUUCAGCUUAUAUAGCGUAUAGAUUUUCCUAUUUUAACAUUAGUUGUCACAAAACUUUCCUAAUUGAACAGACCAACAAAUUUUAAAAUAAAUAUUUUUGAACUACUAAAUGACGCUAUAAAUAGACGUAGAAAGUAAUAAAUCAAAAAUGUAUAUUAUAAUAUACAUGAAAUUAUUGUGUUAUACUCUAAGACAUAUAUUAUAUCAGUCAGUCAGUUGAAAGUCGUUUUGAUUAGAUGUCUUUUGUUGGGUUAGUUUAAAAAUGUCAAGAAACAUUGUUUCCAAACCAAAAACAUUAUUCUAGCACUUGCCAACAUAAAAUACAUUAUUUUAUUUAUAUUAUUAUCAUUGUUUGGCAAUAAAUUCUAUGUAUAUUAUAUUUUGAAUAUAAAAUAAUUACUCCAAUUUUUAAUAAUAAUUAUUUGAUCUCGAAUAAUAUUAUUUAUUGUAAAUAUUUAAUAAUAAGUACCUACAUACAACUAUUAUAUUUUUUAACAAUUGGAAGGUUUUAAAUUAGUCAUUUAAAUUGUUUUAUCCAGAGUUAUCCUUUUCGAUAGUUCACCUUAAGUUAAUGUUUCUUAUUUUAAAGAGGCAAGUUAUACUAUUUUUCGGAUGAGUAAAAUACAAUUUUAUGGAUUUUAAGUUUAGAGCCACUGUAUUAAAAUUGCCUGUCAUUAUUAUUAAUAUCAAAAAUUACAAUAAAACCAAAUUGUACAAUAAAACUAAAUAACAGCAUUUUAAAGUAAAAAAUCCACUAUAUUGUAAUUUGGUAAAGUGUGAUUUGUACAUAGUGAUUAUGUCAAAAAAGCUGUAUCGUAUGGUAGCAUUCGUAUGGUCGCUGGAUUUUAAUUUCUUUCAGCAUAGUGUUAUAAGGUUGCAAAUAGUCUUGUCAAAAUCUGAAAGACCGCCUAAAAUUUUUAAAAAUAAGUGAAAAGUAUUAGAUUUAAAUUAAAUAUAACUCAAUAUUGUAAAUGUGCCAAAAUAUAUAAAGUGUUGCUAAUUGAUAUUAAUGAAUAUUUUGUUAUCUUAAGCUCCGGUAUCCACAGUAUUCGAAAACCUGUAAUAUUUAAAUUCAUCUUAAUAAGUACGAUUAAAAACUGGAAGGUUUAUUACACUCAAAUGUUUUAUAACCUAUAAGCAUUUCAUUUCUCGUAUCGCAUAUCUAACUUGGGAGGAAUAUCUUGUGGUCAAGGCUUAAGUUGUAAAACAUAAAAAAAUCUAUUAUGUUACAGGUAUUCAAUCAGUUUUUACCUACUUACUCUAUUUUUUAUUAAAAAAAAAUUGCAAAUAAAUUUUAUUUACUUAUUUUUUUAAUAAUCAUUGAAGGUAUUUAUUUUAAUUAUAAAUUCAUUUGUCAGGCUAAGAUCUUUCCUACAAAAAACCUUGUUUCAUAUCUUUUCUAGUCCGUGAAUUUUGUGUUUAAAAUCACUAUCCUUUUUGUUUUAUUAUCAAAUAUAAAUAAUGAAGAAGUUGUUAUUAUAUUAAACUGUAGAUACAUUUUGUAAGCUGAAAUAUAAAAGAGUGUCUAGUAUUUUCUGUGAAAAUCGAUCCUUUUACCGGAUCCCUUGCUUCUUGUAGCAUCGACUGUAUAUAUCUGUGUAAGAUAAUUUUUCUUUUGUUAAUAGUUUCUAAAGAAUGUGAUAUAUUAUGUACAUUUUAUACAAUUCUUCCAGACUACAUUAAGGAUACGACAAAGUUGAAAUGUUGUCUAUAACAUAUCUUUUUAGGUCCUGGAUUCGAAUGGCUAUGAAAUUUAUAAUUUUUCAAGAAUGUUAUGUAAAUUUAAUUAUAUAAGCUACAUAAAGGUACAGAAAACAUUUUUUGUAUAUAUGUAUAGCAAAAUUUCAUAUAAGGUCUUAAAUCUGCCUUUGUCACUAAAUGUCUACUUUGUAUAAAAAUUCUUAAUUAAUGUUGUCAGCUAAUGAAAAAAAUACAUUUUAUUUAAUUAAUUUAAAAAAAUGCGCGUUUCUAAUUUUUUUUUAUUUUCGGUUUUAAGCCCUAUAUUUUAUGUUCUUGUAAGAUAAAAAUAAUUUGUUCUGCUUAGUUGACACUCGGAGUAAAGGCCCAGCCUCCAUACAAAAUUGGUACAUGUCCUUUGUAUACAAUACAAAUAAUGAAUAUAAUAUCUGUAAUUUUUCUGGUAUUCAAAUCAAGCCCCUGGUGAUUAUAAUUUUGAAGUUGAUGAAGCUCUAAUGUUACUUCUUUUGAAAACUGUUUUUUUAUAUAAAAUCUUAAUACAAUUACUGUAGUAGACGUGUAUUAAAAUGGACUAUUUAUUAAUAAAGUCCUAUGUAUAGUUUUAUCGAGUUAUAGACAGAAAUAUCCUUUGUCGUAUCGUUAUUGUUGUCAUUUUAGGGUCUAUCCACAUUUAUCGGUAGUAAUAAGUAACUCUAAUGGUUUUCUUUAGAUCUGUGACAAUUAAAACAGAGUUAAAUCAUCAAUUUCUCAAGUCAUCAAUUUACUAUUUAUCAAAGUUUUCUUUUUGCACAAGAUAUCUCACACGAGUAUCGAGUUGACGGUCUUCGUGGCGCAGUGGGAGGUCCUGGGUUCGAUCCCCGGCUGGGUUGGUUGAGAUUUUCUUAAUUGGUCCAGGGCUGGCUGGUGGGAGGCUUCGGCCGUGGCUAGUUACCACCCUACCAGCAAACACAUACCACCACGAUACACGAUGUCGUGUAGAAACCGAAAUGGGUGUAGAUUUUCAUCCUUCUAGCCCGCUUCCAUCUUAGAUUGCAUCCAUCCACUUACCAUCAGGUGAGAUUGCAAUCAAGGGCUAACUUGCAAAGAAAAAAAAAGACAUUGUCUACUAAUAGCAGUCUAAAUUACAAAUCGAAAUCGAAUUUGAAAUCGAAAAUUUCGUUUUCGUUUUCGUUGCGAUGGGAUGAAAGACAACAAUUUUGAUGCACCACCAUUGGACGACAUUUGUCUUUUUCUCUACAUGAUACAAGUAUAUAAACUUCAUAAAGAGCGUUACUAUUUCCACCGUUAAUUUAAUAUAAACAUUUGUAAGCCUUAUUAAAUUGCUAAGGUAUAUGUGGCUAGACCUUUGUCGUUCAGCUAUUCACAAAUUUCUAAACUAAAUCGACAAAAUAGAGCUAUCCUUAUCAUUAUGAUAGUUAUGGAGAAGGACACUAUUAGUUGAUGAAUUCAUUGUCAUUUUAGUGUAGAAAUGUGUGCAGCCGAAUUUUUAUCAUAGUAGCGCGAGUAGUUCGCAGACUUUUUAAAUGUUUGGAAAUAUAUUGAUACUUGUGAAUAUAUUAUAUGAAUAAAUAGUGAAAAUUUAUAAAACAGUUAGCUUUUUGUGAGCAUAUUGCGUAAUAAAAAAGGGCAUUUUGCACAAUUA